ACAUACCCCAUCUCCCACCACUCCCAGUACUGUCUCCCAGCAGAAGAGGGACGACCCCAUCCCAUCUCCCGCCCACGUGAGCCCCCAGCCCCAGAGCCGAGCGCGAGACAAGACUCAGCUGGAGUCUGGACUUCAGCGCGAGCGGACGGAGCAGGAGAGCACGAGACGAGCAGGAGAGCACGAGACGAGCACGAGAGCACGAGACGAGCAGUUCGGACGUGAUGCGGAGAGCGAGAAGGAGUUUUGCUGAGAACGAGACGGAGUUCCGUUGAGAGCGAGACGGAGUUCUGCUGAGAGCGCGACGGAGUUCUGGACGGAUUUCUGCUGAGCGCGCGAGAAAACGGAACUCACACCGAGACUCUGAAAUAGGAGAAAAUCUGUAAUUAUUUUAUUUUGACUCCUCGGAACUUUUCGACUGUCGUCUUUUUUUUGCUCUUGAUUGUGGAGGACUUCAGAUGGAUUUAGGUUAUCACUAAAACAAGCUGAACACUGAAUUUGAAGCUCGCGGAUCGGUUCAUUGGCGAGCCUGCAUGCUGAGAACCAAGCAGCAGAACCUCAGCUCUGUUUUCCCUAGAUCCUCCUGAGGAGCCACCGAGCGGGAGUACCUCAGCUCUGUGUACUUCACCGAGUAGGAGAACCUCAGCUCUGGGUUCUCUAGGAUGAUCCCUCCGGAGAGCAUGGAGGAGCCCAGCGGGGGUGCGGAGAAGGGAGAGGAGACCCCUGCCUCACCGGUAGUCUCUCAGAGCCAGGAAACCAAGAACUCAUUGAGGCCGGAUCAGCAGAAACGGAAGCUACAGAGGCUGAAGCGCUCUCUGUCCUUCAAAACCAAGAGCGUCCGCAGCAAGAGCGCCGACAACUUCUUCAGGAGCAGCGGAGACCACAAGUCGGAGCUGCUGUCGGAGGUCAGCAGCAGCACGAGCCACCUCAACAGCCUGGCCCCGCCCCACAACCCCCACCACCACAUCCCCCCCGUCCCGCCCGCCAUCCCCUCCGCCCCCCCUCCGUCGUCCCGCUCCCCGUCGUCACGCAGCCCGUACACGUUGGACGCCGCCGGCCACUGCUUCAUGGAGCACAUCUUCAAGAAGCCCACCUUCUGCGACGUCUGCAACCACAUGAUCGUAGGAACGACGGCCAAGCAUGUGGUAUUCCUGGCGGGGAACACAGCCAAGCACGGCCUGCGUUGCAAAGCCUGCAAGAUGAGCCUGCACCAUAAGUGUGAGCACGGUGUGGGGCGACAGCGCUGUCAGGGCAAGCUGCCCAAAGGCUUCCGCCGCUACUACAGCUCCCCUUUGCUGAUCCAGGAACAGUUCGGAUGCAUCAAAGAAGUCAUGCCUAUCGCGUGCGGCAACAAGGUGGACCCGGUGUACGAGGCCCUCAGGAUGGCCACGUCUCUGGCCCAGAAGGCCAAGCGGCCCAGCGGCUCCGACUCGUCUCUCAGAAGCUCGACCACUGACUUGGACCAGUUUGACGCUUGCCCUGAGGAAACAGCAGGCCACAGCAGCGGCUGCAACCCGUCCAGGGAGCCCAGUGAUGAGGUCUUCAGAGUCCUGGCGAACGGCUCAGAGCGAUACGAGACAGAAGGGAAGUUUCAGAAUCUGGAGCAGGAGAGACUGGCGCUGCAGAAGGACGUUCUCCAGCUGAACACCUAUGUGGCGCUGUUCAGCUUCACCCCUCUGGACCUCCACGACCUGGAGAUGAGACCAGGAGACCGGAUUCUACUGGCUGAUGACUCCAACGACGACUGGUGGAAGGCAUUGAUCGAGGACCGGGUGGGCUUCUUCCCGGCUGCCUACGCACAGCAGGUGGGGGCUGGGGACUCCGUGUUCAGGUGCAGCAGGACCUUCAUCGGCUGCAAGGAGCAGGGACAGAUCACUCUCAAGGAGGGACAGAUCUGCGUGAGCAGCGAGGUGGAGCAGAGCGGCUUCAUCAAGGUGGCCAGCGGAAAGAAGAGAGGCUUCGUUCCUACUGAUGUUCUGGAGAACAUCUGAGAGAGAGAGAGAGAGAGAGAGAGAGAGAGAGAGAGAGAGAGAGAGAGAGAGAGAGAGAGAGAGAGAGAGAGAGAGAGAGAAUGGAAGAGAGUCGUGAGGCAGCUGGGACCCUAAAGCGGUCAGGCUUUCUUGGAAGGACAGCAGAGGAAGAUGUGUGGAGCAGCUUCAGUACGCACCAGAGAUCCUGGGGGAGGUGACAGAGGACGCUUCCAUCACUGUGGGCGGAGCCCCUCAGCUCAAAGAGUGCAGCGCUGUGACGGGGGCCACUGGACCCCCCUCUGGUCCGGGCCCUUGAGACUUCAUUAUCCAGGCUUUAAAAACAUCCCUCUUGUUUCUCCUCAGUUAAUCGGUAACACUUCACAGAAAGGUCCGUUCAUUUAGGAGUUAUAAACAUUAAUAUGUAGCGUUAGCAUAGGGGUGAGGGUUACUAGGUUAGGGUUACUAGGUUAGGGUUAGUGGGUUAGGGUUAGUGGGUUAUGGUUAGUGGGUAAUGGUUUGGGUUACAGGUAGUGGGUUUUGGUUAGUGGGUUAGGGUUAGUAGGUAAGGAUUAGUGGGUUAUGGUUAGUGGGUUAUGGUUAGUGGGUUAUGGUUAGUAGUGGGUUGGGGUUGGUAGAGGGUUAGGGUUAGUAGGUCAGGGUUAGUAUGUUAUGGCUAGGUGGUUGGGGUUAGUAGGGGGUUAUGGUUAGUGGGUUAGCGGGGCUAGGGCGUGGAUUUCUCUGGCAGGCGCCGGUAGAUUAUCCACAGCAGCAGAAUGUAUUUCUUUACUGAUGGAAGUAGCUAUUGCAAGACAUUUAUAAAGGAUCAAAUGCAAAAAUAAAUAGGUAUACUUCUUUACAUUUCAAAACUAAAAUCUAGCAGUUAAGCCUACAGGAACAUAGUUACACAGACGGAUAUAUAAACAGCCUGGAGAAAGAUUAAAGACUGUCAUUUUUGUAAUGGGCUCGUUUUUACGACACAUUACAAAGUGCUGUUCGUCAUGUCCAGUUUUGGCUCUUCUCUGGAGGUUCCUCUGUGGGGCGGAGUGGGGAGGACCCCCAAAGGCAUGAGAGGCUUUAACAGGCAGGCAGCGUAACGUACAGCGCCCAACAGUAUCCGUCUCUACUGUAAGACCCUCAGAGGACUAGUUUAGUACUCGUCUUACCUCCUUCAAUCCACAAAACAAUAUCUAGAAUCAAUAGCAGGCUUUUCCUAUGAGUUAAAGGGACCUUUCAUUGAUGUUUGAAACUCUAAUUUCCGUGUUUUAGGUGUGAGAAUGGCCAUAAGGCUUACAUUGCGUUCCAAUAUGAUCUGUACUACUGUGAGAAACACCAUGAAGUGCACGUCCCAUGGAACCGUUGAUGCACUAUGGUAACAUGGUAACCGUGGUAACCAGGACCGCCUCUUACACUGGCUCAGAGGUUAGAGGUUAGGGUUAGGGGAUUCGAGGCUGGGUUAGGGCUGGGGGCUGUGUUAGGGUUAGAGUUAUAGGGUUAGGGUAAGAGACCACCCUGGACUCUUAAGGAAGUACAGCUGUCUUCAUCCCCUCCUCCUGGCCGCCCUCCACCGGAGGACGGCCGUAAACUGGGAGCAGGCGACAGAAACGCCCUUACGGGCCAGGGAGGGGAGUGAGAGGUGAGCUUAGCAGAGUGACACGUGGGAGGGGAGUGAGAGGUGAGCUUAGCAGAGUGACACGUGGGAGGGGAGUGAGAGGUGAGCUUAGCAGAGUGACACGUGGGAGGGGAGUGAGAGGAGCGUAGCAGAGUGACACGUGGGAGGGGAGUGAGAGGGGAGUGUAGCAGAGUGACACGUGGGAGGGGAGUGUAGCAGAGUGACACGUGGGAGGGGAGUGUAGAAGAGUGACACGUGGGAGGCGAGUGAGAGGGGAGCGUAGAAGGGUGACACGUGUCCCAGGAGUGAGAGGAGAGUGUAGCAGACUGACACAUGGGAGGGGAGUGUAGCAGAGUGACACGUGCAUCACCUACAGAGCCACCCUCAAUAGGUCGCUCAAGAAGAAAACCAAACCAUGAUCCGGAGUAGCAUUGAACCUGGUCUUAAUCUCGGAUCUCAUGACGUGGGUCAGCAAUCUUAACAAACGACUUAACAAACGUUAAUCACAGCGUGACACUUCACUUUUGUGUUAAAAAGUCAACGUUUAAUCAUGCUGAAGUGAAUGAAUUCUUUGAAUAAGACUUGAGGCCCAUCCUACUUGUGUAGCAGACAUGAAGCCAUCUGUCCUCACCUUCUGUUUCCUCUGAUCCACAAAACAAGGCUUUGCUAUGACAGUAUUAUAGAUAUAACAUCAGAUGGGAUAUAUUUAGUUAUUGCUUAAAUGUAAUCAUAAUCCUGGGAUUUAUUUGGUUCAUAACACUUCAAUGACGAUGUAUACACAAGAUUAAAAUGUUUUAAAGUUUUG